AUGUCGGACGCUAAAUACUUUCAGAGAGGAAAAAUCCACGAACUUCGUACAGAGUUGAACUCGGAAAAAAAAGACAAGCAACAUUCGAAGAAGAAGAUAGUACUUAAGAAGAUCGUAGCCAACAUGACAAUGGGUAACGACAUGUCUCCCUUGUUUCAAGAUAACGAAGCCAGACAUAGCGGUUAUGUCAAUACCUACGUUUACGAGGGUAAUGACGCCGCGGAUCCUAAUCCAUUGAUACGUGCAUUGGCAAUUAGGACUAUGGGAUACAUUAAUGUUGACAAGAUAGUUGAUGCUUUAGUUGACCCUUUACGACAUUGUUUACGUGAUCAGGACCCGUACGUUCGUAAAACGGCCGCAAUUACAGUUGCAAAGUUAUACAUGCAUGAUAAGGAGCUCGUUGUCGCAAAUGCUGUUGCAGCAUUGACUGAAAUAUCUGAAAGGUCUGACAAUAUAUCAUUAAAACUAAACAUGACAAUUUCCAAUAAGUUGGUCGCCGCUCUAAAUGAGUGUUCGGAAUGGGGUCAAACAUAUAUAUUGGAAGCACUAAUGGCGUUCGUGCCUCAAGAAUUUGGUGACGCAGAAACGUUGUGUGAACGUGUUGCCCCGCGGUUGCAGCAUGCAAAUUCUAGCGUCGUUCUUACCGCUGCUAAAGUGAUAAUGUACCUGAUGAAUUAUAUGACCAAAGAAGAGGACAUAAAUAAUAUGUGUAAAAAAUUAUCGCCUCCAUUAGUUACUCUUCUUUCAAGUGGGCCCGAAGUCCAAUAUGUAGCUCUUCGUAACAUCCUUCUGAUCAUCCAAAAAAGGCCUGAAGUUCUAAGAAAUGAUAUCAAAGUUUUCUUUUGUAAAUACAACGAUCCUAUUUACGUCAAACUGGCCAAACUUGAAAUCAUGUUUCGUUUAGCUAAUGCAGUUAACGUGGACCAGGUUUUAUCGGAAUUGAAAGAGUAUGCGACAGAAAUCGACGUUGACUUUGUGAGGAAAUCCGUGCGAUCGAUUGGUCGUUUGGCGGUUAAAAUAGAAUCGACAGCUGAUCGCUGUAUAUCAGCAUUGUUGGAACUCAUACAGACGAAGGUUAAUUAUGUCGUGCAAGAGGCUAUCGUUGUAAUAAAGGAUAUAUUCAGGAAAUAUCCGAACCAAUAUGAGAGUAUAAUUGGAACCCUUUGUGAAAACUUGGAUAAUCUGGAUGAACCGGAAGCAAAGGCUGCAAUGAUAUGGAUCAUUGGUCAGUACGCCGAUCGUAUUGAAAAUUCGGACGAAUUAUUAGACGACUUUCUUUUCACUUUCCUUGAGGAACCCGUUGAGGUUCAGCUAUCGUUAUUGACAGCUACUGUUAAAUUGUUUAUAAAAAGGCCCACUGCUGGGCAAGAAUUAGUUCCUAAGGUUUUGAAGUGGGCAACGGAAGAUGUCGAUAAUCCUGAUCUGCGUGAUCGAGGAUAUAUUUAUUGGCGGAUAUGGGGUAAACAUGACGAAUUCUAUAUUAACUUUACGUUUGUAAAGGCCGUUGUUUUAUCCGACAAACCACAUAUAACUACCGAAAGUGAUAAUAUGGAACCUGUUCUAUUGGACGAACUUCUUUUACAUAUCUCCAGUCUUGCAUCGAUAUAUCAUAAAGCUCCACAAACAUUUAUUCACCAUUCUAAACCUAGAUUUUUGACACCGUCACCAGUAUUAAAUAAUAGACACCCUGGACAAAGACAAAAUCUUGAUUCAAACUUUGGUGAUUUGUUAUCAGGGUCUAUUGGAACUUUUGAAUCAAAUCCAUAUAAUGUGAACGCCGUAAACUUUAAUGAUCAUAUAGUUGAGAACUUGCUUUUGGAUUUAUAA